UGUACGUGAGACUGUCCCCUCUUACUCUCCUCCUCCUCCCUUUCUGCUCCCCUCAUCUCAGCAUCCUUCUCCUCCUCUUCAUUUUUGUCUAUGAUCGUCGCUCAGGGUUCUUGCACACCUUCGCCGCUCUAAUUGCUCCUCUCCUCCCUGCGUGUUCAGGUGUUCGGGCACCAACGCUCCCCCUCAAUGGAGUUCAAGGAGCUCACCAAGAAGGAUGCUCAGGUCCAGCUCACUCAUGAACUACAGAAGCUCAGUGUCACGUGUCCGCAGCCCCUCAGGGAGACCAUUCAGCAAGACUUUGAUGGGUUCGAGAAGCUCUUUGGCCGCUUCAUCAAUGAGUCCGGGCCUUCCGUUGAGUGGGACAGGAUCCAGAGACUCCCAGAUUCUGCUGUGAUCAAAUACUCCGAGCUCACGCAACCAGGGGGAUCCCUCACCAAGGACCUCCUCGACAAACUGGUGGUGGUGAAGCUCAAUGGUGGCCUGGGGACCUCCAUGGGGUGUCAGGGGCCCAAGUCCAUCAUCCCUGUGAGAUCUGAACUGACCUUCCUUGACCUGACUGUCCAGCAGAUUGAGCACCUGAACAAGACCUACGGCAGCAGCGUUCCUCUGGUGCUGAUGAACUCCUUCAACACCGAGGAAGACACCCAGAAAGUCGUCCGCAAGUAUCAGGGUUUCCAGGUUAAGACAUACACCUUCAACCAGUCCCGGUACCCUCGCAUCAACAAGGAAUCUCUCAUGCCCAUCGCCAAGACCUCAGGACCCGACACUGAUCUCGAGGCGUGGUAUCCUCCCGGUCACGGCGAUUUCUACCUGUCCUUCAAGAACUCUGGGCUCCUACAAGAAUUCAUCAACCAGGGAAAGGAGUAUGUGUUCAUCAGCAACAUUGACAACCUUGGGGCCACAGUGGACCUUGGUAUCCUGAGCUUCCUGCUGGCCGGGGAGAACUCUGGCAAGUGUGAGUUCCUGAUGGAGGUGACGGACAAGACUCGGGCUGACGUUAAGGGAGGUACGCUGAUUCAGUACGAGGACAAGCUCAGACUGCUUGAGAUCGCGCAGGUGCCCAAGGAACACGUAGAUGAUUUCAAGUCCGUCAAGACCUUCAAGAUCUUCAACACCAAUAACCUGUGGAUCAAGCUGAGUGCGGUGAACCAGGUGUUGGAGGAGGGCACGAUCGACAUGGAGGUGAUCAUCAACCACAAACACCUCGACAAUGGCCUCAACAUCAUCCAGCUGGAGCAAGCCGUCGGUGCUGCUGUCAAGUCCUUCAACGGGGCCGUGGGUCUCAAUGUGCCCCGAUCAAGGUUCUUGCCAGUGAAGAAGACCGAUGACCUCCUGCUGGUGAUGAGUAACCUGUACCGCCUGCAGCAGGGCACCCUCGUCAUGUCCCCCUUGCGCAUGUUUGAGACCACCCCUCUCGUCAAGCUUGGCCCUAACCACUUCGGCCGCGUCAAGGAAUUCCUGCGUCGGUUUGCCUCCAUCCCAGACAUGCUGGAGCUGGACCACCUCACAGUGUCCGGAGACGUCACCUUCGGGAAGGGUGUCAGUCUCAAGGGAACGGUAAUCAUCAUCGCCAACCACGGUGACCGGAUAGACAUCCCGCCCGGCGCCAUCCUUGAGAACAAGAUCGUGUCCGGCAACCUUAGGAUCCUUGACCACUAGACAGAGUUAGAUCCUCCUUCCGUCUUAUCCAAUCCUGCCUCCCACUCACCAUUAUCCCAUCCCCCACCAGAACCCUGAGAUCGUUAGUCGAGGUAUGUUAAGUAGUUACACCUGUAGAUUGUUGAGUAUGUCAGAGUAUAUGCAGAGUCUGUUUGUGAGAUGAGAUUAUAUGUUUUUUUUGUUGACGAGCCACUGCACAAUAUCCUUCCUUUCACUGCCUCCACCUUUCUGCCGAAUUGGGAACACACAUCUUUAAGUGCCAAAAAGGUUUAUGAGAUGAUCCUGAGUUCAAGUUUCUGCGUGAAGUGUUUCCUCUAGUCAAGCAGUCAGCCUGUUAUAUAUUUCUAGCUCCAGCAUGGUGUACAGCUUGUAGAGGAAUCUGAAAAUAAUAAAACUGUUGCAAGUU